AUGGACACCUCGAAAAAGAACAGGCUCGACGAAGCCGACGCCGGCCUCGGUCCCGGCGCGAGCUCCCCCGACACGGACGCCCGGGACCUGGAGCCCGUCGACGCCGUUGCCGAGAAGAAGAUCGUCCGCAAGCUAGACAUGCACAUCGUCCCGCUCGUGAUGCUGCUCUACCUCUUCAGUUUCCUGGACCGCGUCAAUAUUGGCAACGCCCGCCUCUACAACCUCGAGCGCGACCUCAACCUGCAGGGCAACCAGUUCCAGGUCGCCGUCUCGAUCCUCUUCGUCACCUACAUCAUUUUCGAGGUCCCCUCCAACCUCGUUCUCAAGCUCUUCACGCCGUGCCGCUGGAUCGCCUUCAUCACCGUCGCAUGGGGCGUCAUCGCCACCCUCACCGGCCUCGUCAACUCCUACGGCGCCCUCAUCGCCUGCCGCCUCCUUCUCGGCGUCGUCGAGGCCGGCCUCUUUCCCGGCCUCAACGUCUAUCUCACCUUCUUCUACAGCAAGCACGAGCUCGCCCUGCGCGUGGGCUACCUCUUCGUCAGCGCCGCCAUCGCCGGCGGGCUGGGCGGCCUGCUGGCCUAUGGCAUCGGCCACAUGGAGGGGGUCGCGGGGCUGAGUGGGUGGCGGUGGAUCAUGAUCAUUGAGGGCCUGCCGACGGUCGUUCUCGGCGUCGUGACGUAUUUCGCGCUGCCCAACGACGCGGCGAGCGCCUACUUUUUGACCGACGAGGAGAAGGCCAUCAUGGCGCGGCGAAGGGGGCGGGAAUACGGCAACACGAGCAGCGCGCAAGAGUUCAGCAAAGACGACAUGUUCAAGGCUUUCAAGGACUGGAAGGUGUGGGUGUUUUGCGUCGCGCAGUUUGGCGCCGACACGAUGCUUUACGGUGAGUCCUGCGGACCAAAAGACGGCCGCGAGACUGUGUUUCUGACCGCGACAGGCUACUCGACGUUCCUCCCGACCAUCAUCAACGGCCUCGGCACGUGGACGCCGGCGCAGGUGCAGCUGCUGACCGUGCCGUGCUACUUCCUCGGCGCAGUGGUAUACAUGGCCAUGGCCUUCCUCUCGGACCGCAUGCAGCGGCGCGGCCUGUUUUGUGUCAUUUUCGGCACCAUCAGCGUUAUCGGCUACGGCGUGCUCAUCUCGCCGACUUCGAACGGGGCGCACUACUUUGGGUGCUUCCUGGUGGCGGCGGGGCUGUAUGUCGUCGUCGGACUGCCGUUGGCAUGGUUACCAAACAACUCCCCAAGAUACGGCAAGCGGACGACCGCCAGCGGUAUGCAGCUGACCAUCGGGAAUUGCUCCGGUGUCAUGUCGUCCUUCAUCUACCAAGCGAUCGAUAAGCCCAGGUACAUCCGCGGUCAUGCGGUGACGCUGAGCAUGGUCGGCAUGGCCACGUGCCUGUACGGCUUCCUGUGGUUCUGGUACUGGCGGGAGAACAAGCAGCGCGAGGCCGGUCAUAUUCAGAGCAAGCACGCCGACCUCUCGGAUGAUGAGCUGGCCGAGUUGGGGGAUGAGAGCCCGCGCUACCGGUACACAAUCUGA